CUCUUCCCCGCCCCCCGUGCGCUGCACAGGCCAGGCAGGCAGUUCUCCCACCUCACCGAGCGAGCCAAGCCGUCGGUAACGGAGAAGAUGGCAGAGAGGCAACAACAGAAACACGAAGGCAGGGUAAAGAUCGGCCAUUACAUCCUCGGCGACACGCUCGGAGUGGGGACAUUCGGCAAAGUGAAGAUUGGCGAGCAUCAGUUGACAGGCCAUAAAGUGGCUGUGAAGAUCCUGAACAGACAGAAGAUCCGUAGUCUCGAUGUUGUGGGGAAGAUCAAACGAGAGAUCCAGAAUCUUAAGCUGUUCAGACACCCACACAUCAUCAAGCUGUACCAGGUCAUAAGCACCCCGACAGAUUUUUUCAUGGUUAUGGAGUAUGUGUCGGGAGGCGAGCUGUUUGAUUACAUCUGCAAGAAUGGACGGGUGGAGGACACUGAAGCACGCCGCCUUUUCCAGCAGAUUAUCUCAGCUGUAGACUACUGUCACCGGCACAUGGUGGUUCACAGAGACCUCAAACCUGAGAAUGUCCUAUUGGAUGCCAAUAAGAAUGCCAAGAUAGCAGACUUUGGACUGUCAAACAUGAUGUCAGAUGGAGAAUUCCUACGAACUAGCUGUGGCUCACCCAAUUAUGCAGCUCCAGAGGUCAUCUCAGGAAGACUCUAUGCAGGCCCAGAAGUUGACAUCUGGAGCUGUGGUGUGAUUCUGUAUGCCCUGCUGUGUGGCACCCUGCCCUUUGAUGAUGAGCAUGUCCCUACACUGUUUAAGAAGAUCAGAGGAGGUGUCUUUUACAUCCCAGAGUAUCUGACCCGCUCUGUGGCCUCGUUGCUGAUGCUCAUGCUGCAGGUGGAUCCUUUGAAGAGAGCCACCAUCAAAGACAUCAGGGAACAUGAAUGGUUUAAGCAGGACCUACCAGGUUACCUUUUCCCAGAGGAUCCAUCAUAUGAUGCGACUGUUCUGGAUGAAGAGGCUGUCAGGGAAGUGUGCGAAAAGUUUGAAUGCACUGAAUCUGAGGUUGUGACCAGCCUGUACAGUGGAGACCCACAGGAUCAGUUAUCCGUAGCCUAUCACCUCAUCAUAGAUAACAGGCGCAUCAUGACCCAGGCCAGUGAAUUCUAUUUGGCGUCCAGUCCUCCACAGGGCUCCUUUAUAGAGGAGGGAAUGCCGUUGCCCCCCGGAGUUAAACCUCACCCAGAGAGGAUGCCUCCGCUCUUGGCUGACAGCCCAAAGUCGCGUUGUCCUCUGGAUGCUCUCAACACCACUCGGCCUAAACCGCUGGCAGUGAAGAAGGCUAAGUGGCACCUGGGUAUCAGGAGUCAGAGCAGACCCUAUGAUAUCAUGGCUGAGGUGUACAGAGCUAUGAAGCAGCUAAACUUUGACUGGAAGGUGGUGAACCCAUACCAUUUGCGAGUUCGAAGGAAGAAUCCAGUGACAGGGAACUUGGUGAAAAUGAGCCUGCAGCUCUAUCAAGUGGACAACAGAUCCUACCUCCUUGACUUCAAGAGCAUUGAUGAUGACAUCAUCGAGGCAGUGGGCUUUAAAUCGGGCUCAUCCACUCCUCAGAGGUCAGGUUCCACAGCCGGUCUCCACAGGCCCAGACUGAGCAUUGACUCGGCAACCCCAGCGAUUGAUCUGCCCCAGCUCAGCUCCUCUCUCCCGGGAUCCCUGUCUGGUAGCUCCCAUCUGCUCACCCCACGUCAGGGAUCACACACCAUGGACUUCUUUGAAAUGUGUGCCAGUCUGAUCACUACGCUAGCACGCUGAGCCCUGCUGACUUGCUUAGGUCACUGUAACCUGGAUGUCAGUGGGGUUUUUAAGCUAAUCACAGAUCGAGGAUGUAGGGAGUGUAGAUGUUUGGAGUGACUUCUUCUUUCUGUCUCUUCUCCAUCUGUUCUGUUUUACUGGAUUGGGGGAAGCGAUUGGAAAUGUAAAUGGCAAGGCAGGUGUGGCAUUCGCCUCGGAUGAAGAGAGAGAGAAUGAGGGGGUAAAAUAGUGGGGGUUAUUAUUUCUUGUUUUGACAGUCAUUGGGUCAAAGUCUUGAUGUCUUACACAUCAGGCUGCAGCUGAGGGGAAUCUAUGAACUAGUGGAGGCCUGUAAAGUGAGAAGCGAGUGGUCAGAGUUCAGCAAAGCUCAAGCUCACUGUCACUUCUCCCACAAACAUCUUCAGCUGAUUAUCAGUUGCUGAAUUUCCUUCACCCACUGUACCACCGAUCAAAGGUCAGUUUUGCAUCUGGUCUUAAAUCUUCACUGAGGCAAAGUUGUUAAACUCGACAUUAAAUCGUGUCAGAGAGAGUAUCGCAAAAUGUAAAAUUCUAUUUUUUUUAUUUAUAUUGUUUAUGAGGAAGAUUUUGUUAUCCUUGUACUAUAUUUAUAUUACAAUCAUUAUGUAGCUGGAAAGUUUGACAGAGAAAUACCAAAUAAAUUACUUAAUACAUCUUUAAGAUUUAUAUUUUAGCGGUCAGACCCAUAUUUAUUUUUAAGAGGUUUUUUUAGGCAUUAUAGUUUUUUAAUUUAAUUACUACUUCAACAUAGUUUUACUUGAUUUUGAAUUGAUUGUAGAUGAGUAGCGAAGCUCUUUGAGACAGCGGGAUAGUAGAAUGAUGCUCUGCAUGACGCCGAGUAUGUGUUGCAUUGGUGUUGAAGACAGAUGCAGACCAUCUUACAAGAGUUUGGGGGUUUUCUCGGGGGGAUAUCCAGAUAUAUUUCAAAGCAUUCAAUCACCCUGCUAUUUAAAGCAGUGUUUUAUAUGCAACACACCCAACAGAUCCCUUUACAUGCAAGUCCCUAAUGAAGACACUUAGACACUUGCUUAGUUAUCAUAGGGGUGUUCAGUUCAGUCACAUAUGUAGUAAGCUGAAUAAAGACAGGCAUUAUAGCUGUUUUUAGGUAAAAACUAACAUUUUGUUUUAUUAUUAUAUUAUUAAGCUUUUAAAUUAGGCAGAUACCCCUUAGAAAUUGAGACAGAUGCUUAAUGUGAGAUCUUAAAACUAUUUUUAUUGGCUGGUGUGGCCAGUUUUUUUUUUUUUCUAAC